UUUCAAGGUCUUUCCAAUGAUUGACACUCACUAAGUUAGCUUAAGAAGCUAAUUGCUAAGAAGCAUUAGUCCAUUCAUGUCAUCUUCCGUAGGAACCUUGAACACCUCAUUGACUUACAUCUAAAACUAAUUUAGUUGAUUUGUGUACUAGGAACUCCAGUAGACUUCCACAAGAUCAAUUAAAUCAAAGGUUCUCUGAAAUAUUGGUAAGAUGGCUGUGCUGCCAAUAAAAUUGACCAAAACCAAUAGAGACAAACUGGCCCAGGUUUUGUGGGUACUAAACUGGAUAUCCGUUGUAACAGGUAUCAUCCUCUUUAGCUUGGGCAUCUUUCUAAAAGUUGAAAUUAACAAGCGGCAGGAUCUAAUGGCUGAGAGUCAGCUCCAAUCCGUGCCAAACAUGCUAAUUGCCGUGGGACUUAUAGCCUGCGUGAUUAACUUUUUGGGAGGAAAGAUCUGCUAUGACUGUGUGGACACCAACAAAUUCCUACGCUGGAAGUUGGUGAUGCUCCCAUACAUCAUUUGCACGUUUUUCUUCACUCUGAGCGUGCUCGUGGGCGCCUUGAUGUGCUACAGCAUGCACGGACAGCUGGAGGAAGCACUAACAUUGGGGCUACGGGACGCUAUGCGUUACUAUAAGGACACAGACACACCAGGCCGCUGCUUCUUGAAGCGUACAGUGGACCAGCUGCAGAUCCAGUUCCAAUGCUGUGGGAACAAGGGCUACAGAGAUUGGUUCCAGAUCCAGUGGGUCAGCAACCGAUAUUUGGAUAUGUCCCAACGGGAAGUGGUAGAUCGUCUGCGAAGCAACGUUGAGGGAAAAUACCUAAUGGACGGAGUUCCCUUCAGCUGCUGCAAUGUCAACUCUCCUCGGCCAUGCAUUCAGUACCAAAUCACCAAUAACUCCGCCUACUUUAAUUACGACUACCAGACAGAGGAGCUCAACCUGUGGAUGAGAGGAUGUCGUCAGGCUCUGCUAGAUUAUUACACCAACAUCAUGCAUUCUGUCGGCCUCACGGUUCUGAUCAUCUGGCUCUUUGAGCUCUCUGUGUUAACGGGGGUCCGUUACCUCCAAACGUCUCUGGAAAACGUGCUGCGGCAGGGGGACCCUGAGUCUGAGUCAGACGGGUGGCUCCUGGAGAACAGCUUUGUGGAGACGGCUCGCUCUAAUUUCAACAUCAUCAAACACCUGGGCAAGUUCAAUCAGAUCAACAUAUCAAGCAAUGGAGAUCCAAACAUUGACAAACCACCGACAGCACACUAUGGUCCAGACAAUGUGCCUCCAAAGCCUCUUCCAAUGGCCAGUUAGGUCUUCAGAAUGCACAUUUUGGCCAGAAACAUUACAUAAGCAAAACGGUUCAGUAAAAAUUGAGAUGGCAUUGUAAAGCAAGAACAUAGUGAUAUUACAACACACAACAUACUUGAGGUCUGUUGUAAAUUAACAUGUAAGAACUUAACCAAGUAGCCUACUGUUUUAACACACAAGGCAAAGCAUCAUGGGGCCUUCAUAGUUUUAAAAUGUAUAAAUUGCCUCUCAUUAAGAAUACAACCGUUAAAUUCUUUUGUGUUUUAGAGAUUCUUGUGUGGAUUAUGUGAUUACUGGAGAGUAGGUCUGCUACCUAUCACUGGAUUUAUUUAGAGCUUCACCGUUUACUGUAGGUUUUUCAUUAGUAAUUAAAGCAAC